AUGGAUACUGAGGAUACAGCCCCGUGCAUCUCGUUGGUCGGCGCCAACGGAUUGGAGAUGGAAGUCCCGACAGGGUUGUUCAUUGACAAUCAAUUCAUACCUUCUGUCACGGGCUCCCUGCUUGAGGUGAUCAAUCCAAACACCAACCAGCCACUUGGACAGAUCGCGAGCGCAUCCUCAGCCGACAUAGACGCGGCGGUACAAUCGUCUUUGCAAGCAUACAAAGCCACUUGGAGGGACACUGCGCCGGCCACGCGUCGUGAUCUUCUCAAUCGACUUGCAGAUCUCAUGGUCAGGGACACAGACAUCCUUGCCAGCAUCGAGUCGCUGGACGUUGGGGCGCUCUACACCGCUGGAAAGUAUUUCACUGUGCCGCUUGCUGUUGAGUGGCUUCGCUACUUCGCUGGCUGGGCUGAUAAGCUGGAUGGCCGAUCAACGGCGGUUGUGGAAGGUGGUAAGGUGGCUGGAAUGGCCUACACUCGGAGGGAGCCUCUGGGCGUGACAGCGGCAAUCACUCCAUGGAACUCGCCCCUCUUGAUCUCAACCUGGAAAGUUGCGCAAGCGCUGACUACGGGGAAUACUUUGAUACUCAAGCCAGCAGAACUUGCGCCCCUAGGGCCAAUGUAUCUUGGAAAGCUCGCGCGGGAGGCCGGAUUCCCCAACGGAGUCCUCAAUGUGGUGCCUGGAAUUGGAAACAUAGCAGGCAAAGCCCUGGCACAGCACGCUCAUGUACGCAAAAUCUCGUUUACAGGAUCUACCGCGGUAGGACGACAAAUCUUGCACGAUGCUGCGUCUUCCAACCUGAAGAAAGUCGCACUGGAGCUGGGAGGCAAAAGUCCAACAAUAGUCUUCGAUGAUGCAGACGUGAAUCAGACGGCCAUAUGGGCAGCAAGGGGAAUUACCGCCGUUGAAGGACAGGUCUGCCUGGCUGGAUCGCGGAUAUAUGUUCAAGACAAAGUCUACGAUGCGUUCUGUGAAGCCUUUGUCAAGGAGACGAGUCAGGCUGUGCUAGGGGACCCGCUUCUGGAGAAGACCACAAAAGGACCAAUUAUCAGUUCUACACAGCUUGCAAAGGUGGCGGCAUACAUUGAGCAGGGAAGAAAAGAAGCCACGCUGCUACGUGGUGGGAAUUGUGUCGAGAACUCUGUGACCACAACAGCUUUCUCAGACGUGCCCGAGACCGCCACAAUCAUGACGGAAGAGAUUUUCGGGCCUGUUGCGGCAAUUGCCAGAUUCCAUACUGUGCAGGAAGUCGUCGAUAAAGCCAAUGACACUGAAUAUGGCCUCUCUGCAGCCAUAUUCACCACGAGUCUCGCCCGCGCUCACCAGGUAGCAAGUGCUCUGGAGAGCGGCCAGGUCACAGUCAAUGCCUGGGGGCUGCUUAGUGCCAAUAUGCCCUUUGGUGGGUACAAGCAGAGCGGGUUCGGUCGAGACGGUGGAGAAGAGGCGUUAGCAGAGUGGACGACCAUCAAAGCUGUCAAAAUCUUCACAGGGGAAGAUCAAGGCCACUGA